CUGCUGGGGUGGAGCCUGUCCUCAGACGGUUUUGAUCUGCUUUUGCAGGCCCCAAAGCCCCUUGGCCUGAGGCAGCUGCGGACAGAGCUAAGCCGGCCCAGCACCAAGGUCCCUGCACCCCUGUGCCUGCUGCCCAGAGAGCCGAAGUUGGCCAAGACCACGGACCACUGGAGCCAUGGUGCAUGGGUACAAAGGAGUCAAGUUUGAAAACUGGGCGAGGACCUAUGGCUGUUGCCCAGAGAUGUACUAUCAGCCCACGUCCGUGGAGGAGAUCAGAGAGGUGUUGGCCCUGGCCAGACAACAGAACAAGCGAGUGAAGGUGGUAGGCGGUGGCCACUCGCCCUCCGACAUCGCCUGCACGGACGGCUUUAUGAUUCACAUGGGCAAGAUGAACCGGGUCCUCCAGGUGGACAAGGAGAAGCAGCAGGUGACGGUGGAGGCUGGCAUCCUCCUGGCUGACCUGCACCCACAGCUGGACCAGCAUGGCCUGGCCCUGUCCAACCUGGGUGCGGUGUCAGAUGUGACCGCAGGUGGCGUCAUUGGGUCUGGAACACACAACACGGGGAUCAAGCACGGCAUCCUGUCCACCCAGGUGGUAGCCCUGACCCUGAUGACAGCCAGUGGGACCAUCCUGGAGUGCUCCGAGUCUAGCAAUGCAGAGGUGUUCCAGGCCGCGCGGGUGCACCUGGGGUGCCUUGGGGUCAUUCUCACCAUCACCCUGCAGUGCGUGCCCCAGUUCCACUUGCAGGAGACGUCCUUCCCGUCAACCCUGAACGAGGUCCUCAACAACCUGGACAGCCACCUGAGGAAAUCCGAGUACUUUCGCUUCCUCUGGUUCCCACACAGCGAGAACGUCAGCGUCAUCUACCAGGACCACACCAGCAAGCCCCCGUCCUCUUCAGCCAGCUGGUUUUGGGACUACGCGGUUGGAUUCUAUUUACUGGAGUUCCUGCUUUGGAUCAGCACCUUCCUGCCGAGCCUCGUGGGCUGGAUCAACCGCUUCUUCUUCUGGCUCCUGUUCAGCCACAAGAGGGAACACAGCGACCUCAGCCACAAGAUCUUCAGCUACGAGUGUCGCUUCAAGCAGCAUGUCCAGGACUGGGCCAUCCCCAGAGAGAAGACCAAGGAGGCCCUGCUGGAGCUGAAGAGCAUGCUGGAAGCCCAGCCCAAGGUGGUGGCCCACUUCCCCGUGGAGGUGCGCUUCGCCCGGGGGGACAACAUCCUGCUGAGCCCCUGUUUCCAGCGGGACAGCUGCUACAUGAACAUCAUCAUCUACAGGCCCUAUGGCAAGGAUGUGCCGCGGCUUGACUACUGGCUGGCCUAUGAGAACAUUAUGAAGAAGGUCGGCGGCAGGCCCCACUGGGCCAAGGCACACAACUGUACCCGGAAGGACUUCGAGAAAAUGUAUCCUGCCUUCCCAAAGUUCUGUGCCAUCCGGGAAAAGCUGGACCCCACUGGGAUGUUCUUGAACUCUUAUCUGGAGAAGGUGUUCUACUGAGCAGAGCACGAAGCCUGCGCUGCCCACACAGAGGGGAGCAGAUCUCCUGUCCUGCGCCAUGGUGAUGAGCUGAGCUCCGGCAACCCCCCUUCUCUCACAUCCUUUGUCCUCACAGUACCCCCAGCUGGAGGUGACCUAGUACUCAAAUCCCACUGUAAACAGACCCCCCAUCCCAAGCCUGCAAUCACCACAUUGUGUUUUCCCAGGAGAAGGGGAUCUUUAGGUUGUUAUUCUGUCCAGAGGGGCAGAGAUUUGGUCAUUCAGGGGUUCCACCUGGGUGUGAAAGUAAGAUUCUCAGGGUCUGAAGCUUCAGGGAUUCCUUCUCCAGCCUUUGGAAGGGGCCUGUUGACACAAAUUUGGACCCAGAGUUUGUGUACACCAGGUUGUGCUUUCCCUCGUGAAUGUCCACCUGCCCUGGGACCACCCCUUCCAGAUGGGCCCAUCUGCCUGUGUGACUUCCUAUAGCCUGACAGCAGAAUGUCCAUUUCAGGGGUGUCUGGGGAGUGGGACCCUCUGUGGCUUCUUCUUAAUAAAGACCAAGAAUUAAUCCCC